AUCAAAAAGCUUAUUGGGUAAAAAAUUUAUACAAGUGCUAAAUCACACUUAGUAUGACUGGUAAAAUCCAUACAUAAAUAAUCACUUUAAAUUAUUUGGGCUUUCAAGCUUGUCUUCAAUUAGAACUAAACUUUUCAGCUAGUUUCAUUAAAUUAUUAAAAUAAAAAAUUAAUAGUCGUUCAUUUACAAAAAAUUCUAAUAUUUGUUACAUGCAUUCUUUUUCUUUUCUUUUUCAUACCCUUUCUUUUAAUAAACACUUUACCUUUGGUUACAUUUUUUGCCUUUCUUUUUCUUUUUGGUACAUGACUUAUUUCCAUCAAUUAAGCACUUUAAAUUGAUUAUAUUCCUUUUUUUUUUGUACACAUUCUUUUUCUUUUUUAUUUUACCGUAAGCAUUUUAUAUUUGGUGAGCUUUGGUAUGAGGUUUGAGAUAGAGAAAUAUACAAAGCCAGUGGCUAUCAGAUAAGUCUGACAAAUCACCUUGAUGGAACACUCCAAAACUAGCCCUUCGCCUUCAGACCAAGAAAUUGAGGAAUUACUUCUUUCCCUGCCGAAAGAGCAAGGAUGGUUAGCUGGUGGCCUAUUUCUCUACAACGGCUGUUGGUAUCCAUCCAAGAUUCUUCGUAACAUUAUCACCUUUCAACGACAUUUCCAAGCUCAGGAUCUUGAUAUUAUCCUUGUCUCUAGGCCAAAAUCAGGCACAACUUGGCUUAAGGCCCUGAUAUUCUCCAUAGUCAAUCGUUCUCGUUACACAAAUUAUUCAACCAGUCCAUUGCUUACUACAAAUCCUCACGAACUCGUACCCUUUAUCGAGUUCACUCUCUAUGACAAAAAAGAACUUCCUGACCUUUCUUCUAUUGAAUCUCCAAGGCUCUUUUCAACUCACAUUCCAUAUGCAUCUUUGCCUGUAUCGAUUAAGGGAUGUAAUAACACCCGAAUUGUUUACAUUUGCCGAAAUCCUUUUGAUGUUGUGGUUUCUUCUUGGCACUUUGCAGCUCGAGGUCGGAAUAGCUUGGAAAGGUCAAUGGAGGACUUUGUUGGUAGCUUCUGCAAAGGUAUUGAAGGGUUCGGAUCGUUUUGGGACCAUGUGUUAGGGUAUUGGAAAGAGAGCCUGGAGAAUCCAAGCAAAGUUUUGUUUUUGAAGUAUGAGGACUUGAAGGAAGACACUGAUUCCCACUUGAAAAGGUUGGCAGAUUUCAUAGGGUUUCCAUUUUCAAUGGAGGAAGAGAAAGAAGGCGUGAUUGAAGAAAUUUCUAAACAAUGUAGUUUGAGCAGCUUGAAAGAUUUGGAGGUGAACAAAACAGGCAAAUUCAUGCCAAAUUUCGACAAUAAAUCCUAUUUUAGGAAAGGUGAGGUAGGUGAUUGGGUCAAUCACCUAACUCCUUCCAUGGUAGAACGUUUGGAAAAGAUCAUUGGAGAAAAAUUUGAAGGAUCUGGCUUGAGUUUCCAAGCAUCCACAGGACUGAGGAGUUCAUCCUGACCAUUAGAUGCCAAUAUGCCUCGUCUUCAAAAUAAAUGAAUGGGUAUAUGACGGAAAGUAGGUCGAAACUUUCCUGUGGGCAGUCCAAUAUUUAAGAAUCUGUAAUUCUGUGUCCUUGUUGAAGUUUGUGUGGUUGGCAAAUUAGGA